AGCCGGGCGUACCCCGCCUCCUCCCCUUGGGUUCCCCCAAAGAAGGCAGGCGAGCAGCGUGCAGCCGCGCCGCGCCUCCUUGCGCGUCAGUUCCCCAAAUAGGGCCUGCCCAUCCCCCGCCGCCCGAGCCCCUCGCGUGGGCUGGGCGCGCCCUCUCCACGCUUCGGCCCCGCCGCGGCGUCCAGACUGUGUAGCAUCCCUGCCCUGGUCCCCGGCCCCUGCUCUGUCGCCCGCCGCCGGGGCGGUGAGCGCCCGUCCCGCCGUUCCUCCGCUGCCACCGCUGCCGGCACCAUGGGCAGUGAGCAGAGCUCCGAGGCCGAGAGCCGCCCCAACGAUCUGAACAACUCAGUGACCCCCUCUCCAGCUAAGCACAGAGCCAAAAUGGAUGAUAUCGUGGUUGUAGCUCAGGGCUCCCAGGCCUCACGGAACGUCAGCAACGAUCCCGAUGUCAUCAAGUUGCAAGAGAUUCCAACCUUCCAGCCGCUUUUGAAAGGGCUAUUGAGUGGCCAGACGUCCCCAACAAAUGCCAAAUUGGAGAAAUUGGAUUCUCAGCAGGUGUUGCAGCUCUGCCUCCGAUACCAGGAUCACCUCCACCAGUGUGCAGAGGCCGUGGCUUUUGAUCAGAAUGCUUUGGUUAAACGAAUCAAAGAGAUGGAUCUGUCUGUAGAAACUCUCUUCAGCUUCAUGCAAGAGCGCCAGAAAAGAUAUGCCAAAUAUGCAGAGCAGAUCCAGAAAGUCAAUGAAAUGUCUGCCAUCCUGCGCCGCAUACAGAUGGGCAUUGACCAGACUGUGCCGCUGAUGGAGAGGCUCAACAGCAUGCUGCCAGAGGGCGAGAGGCUGGAGCCCUUCAGCAUGAAACCCGACCGAGAGCUCAAGCUGUAGAGUGGCUCCUGGCCUCCGGCCUGGCUGUGGUUCUGGGGACAGAGCCUGGCACCCCCCACACCCUGUGGACAUUUGGAACCGAAGUCGUGUCACGUGACCACGGCUUGAAGCUGGUUGGAGGUUUUGGUUCUCCCUGAAGCAGAGGUGAAGCAGUCUGGCUGGCCUGAAAAUCUUUGUCCUGUCCCUUUCCUCUGCAUUCCCCCUAUGCAAAAUGAACCAAACUAAUUCUCAGUGAUAACUGAAGUUGGAGCGUUCGAAUUAUUAGGAAUUUGUUACAGAACUCUGCAUUGGGAAUUUUUAUUUUGUUUAGAUUUUUUUUUAAUUGAAAGUGUAUAUUAUCUAGUCUUGCUUGUGGAUGAAAAUACGGAAAGAAGGGGAGAAAUAUUUUAAGAAGCUCGGUGUCCUGGAUGCCUUUAUGAAAUUGUACUCAAUAGGCUCUCCCGGUUAUUGGUUGUAAACAUAAAGAACCAAUUUAAUCCA